CUAGCAGACGUGGCUUAACGUCUUCGUACCCUUUCAGUGGUGGAUCCAGUACGACGACGACCUCCUUCUUUGACCCGUUGGCGAGUGUGCACAUCAGAGUCAUGCUCUGCACCGUUGGCUCAGUUGCAUAUAUCUGACAUGCAUGUAGAACGGCCACCUUGGUGUCAAUGGCGCUCAUCUCGGCGCUCUUGAUAUUCUCCUUGACCUGGCCAUAGAACUUGGCAUACGCGACCAGCGUGUCCGGGUGAGAGGACAUGUACAUACGCAGGAAUCCAGAUUUCUCAGCGACGGGAUCAGCCAUGGAGCGAAAUAAAAACGGUAGCAAGUCAAGGCUGCUGGCGAAUCUUUACCAUGGUCUGACAAACUCCCAUACACGUGGUGGGAAGAACACAGCCGCCACGCACCCACCACACCAUGGAACACGACCAACCCAGCCGGCACCCAAGACAUGCUCGCAAAGCACCUCACGACUUCGGCCAACCGCAGCCCACCACAGGGGCGCAAAGGGAACUCGGAAGGAAGGGCGGAGGGACCGGAACAAGAGGGAAAGAGGAUCUUGAGGACCUGUACCUCCACUGCGUCUUAGUAGUUAGCUUACUUGUUGCGCACGUGCACACGACGCGUCUCAUUGUGUCUACCAUCGUUGACCGUCUCUCAUAUCGACAUCUUUACCACUUUACGUGGUUUACGAUGGCGCAAAGGAGGAAAUCGUCAAAAGGCGCGAUAAAACCUAGCACCAUGCAGAAAACUCUGUUCGACCUCUUUCCGAAGAAAUCUAAAGGGACGCAGGAAUAUACAUCCACUCAGGCUGAUACCUCGGAGCUCAGCAAUGAUAAAGAGGAUGUAAGCGUUGUUGAACAGUCAGCUAGCGAACUUGCUCAUUUGAACGAAGUGGAGUUCGUCUCUGCGCCUCCGAUAUCCUCUCCAAUCCCAUUGGACACUGAAGAUGCCAGUGCCGGCCUGCGUGAUACCGUGAUUGAGAACCAAUCCUCAUUGCCUCCCCCACCACAAUUUAUAGCUCACCCUUUAAAAUCACAACUAUCUUUCGGUGGUGGCUCUCAGCAGGACCCUAUUGUCAUCGAAUCAUGGUCUCCUGUGAAACUUCGGCUUGUACAACCGUACCCCAUAUUUGCGCGUCUUAAACGAGCGGCUACUCCAUACAGUCCCCGAAAAGCAGACACCAAACUCUUAGAUGUUCCCUACCCCAGCAGAGAGAUGCAGCAUAUUCGCGGACCUCAGACUACAUACCACGCAACAUCGUCUCAGAUCAUGCAAUUAUCACUCCAAGCACAACCCGUAACUAAAUCGGAAUCCAGAAUCUCGCUUGACAAAGCGUCUUAUCUAGCAGGACUUCCAGAGUCACAUAAAGACCACCCUGCUAUUUCUCGACGGUCAUCUAACUCGACGGUUAUCCAGCAGAAACAAAAACUCUGGACGGAUCAGUAUCGUCCAACUUGUGCUGAUGAAGUAUUGGGAAACGAGAAAAACGCCCGGUAUCUUCGCGAUUGGCUCCGCGCGCUCCAGCUAGAACUCAAAGAUCCCCCAGCUUCCAUCGAAUCUGCCCAGUCUAGUCCAGCCCAUUUCUCGCAAACAAAGUCCGCUACAACUAAACCGCCUCGCAUUCCGCGCCGAGUGUCAAAAAGGCGGCGCCGGAAGAAGCAAAGAAUUGACUCUGACAAAGAGGACAACUGGAUCGUUCAGUCCAGUGAAGACGAUUUCGUUUACCCUGCCAGCACAGACGAACAGAUGAACGGGCUCACGAGACUGAAGCGUAAAUCGCGCUACGAAGAUGAGUAUGUCCCCCCUUCAUCACCGCCACAAGCUCCCACCCAGCCACUAUUUAUGGAUUUGAUGAAUACGAUCAUCCUCACGGGUCCCUCGGGCAGUGGCAAGACUGCUGCCGUCUAUGCUUGCGCCGCAGAGAUGGGAUGGGAGGUCUUUGAAGUGUAUCCGGGCAUAGGGAAGCGGAAUGCAUCCAAUUUGGACAAUCUGGUAGGAGAAGUGGGCAAAAACCAUUUGGUUCAGAAGGCCCGCCGGGAAGAAGACCGAAAUGAGAAUGCACAUGGGAAUUUCACCGCAAUGCUUUGCGGAAGAAAGUCUGCACCCGAGCACACGUCGACGGAGCCGACUGAUGCACCGUCAAACAAACAAGUGAACCAGUCGCUGGUCCUUUUAGAAGAGGUCGACAUCUUAUUCAAGGAAGAUGUAAAUUUCUGGCCGGCUGUGACAAAUUUCAUCAAAGAUUGCAAAAGGCCUGUAAUUUGUACUUGUAACGAUAUUACCCUCCUCCCCCUUGAUGAUCUGCCGUUGCAACAGAUCUUACAUUUCCGACCAUGCGAGAGUAGCUUGGCGACUUCGUAUCUGCAAAGCAUGUGUGCCGCUGAAGGAUACUUUGUCGACCGGAAGUGUAUCACCCAGGUCUACGAGCCCUCACCGGAGCACUACGAUACCACUCCAGAUCUGCGACGAACCAUUCACACACUACAGCUAUGGUGCCCAGGAUAUGAUGUUGAUUCACAGUGGAUGCUUCAUCAUCAACCCUGCAGACACGAGGAAUCGGCAUCGUCAAGCGGAUUCUUUCUCUCUUUGGAUGAAUCACUAAGCCUGGAUGGGUUUGUGGCUCGACACGCCGAAUCGCUCUCAUUUUUGGACUCCCAUCUGAGAAGACGCGACGAGGACAUGCCGGAGGCCAUCGCAUUCAGCCAAGCGCAAGCGUCAGGGGAUGACGAAGUGGGACACACCAUUCUCUUUAGCACGCGAGACAGCAUAACCAGACAGGACUCUUAUGGGGAUGAUGAUCACGACAGGACGAUCAUGUCAACGGCCAUACGACUCUCGCGUGGUGGGAUUUUCGGCAGUAUGCGAAGUAGGAAUUUGAGUGCACAUGCCGGUUAUCGAGAUGUGAUCAAAACACUCGGGAGGAACGUGAUGGGAGCACAAGCACUGCGAGAGACGGUAUUUGACAUUGAUUACUUACCCUGGAUUCGACAGAUCGUUUUGGCGGACGACGAGGAAGAGAAAAAGGUGAAGACGGCAGAGAUAUGGGUUGGGAGGCGCACACGGAAUAGCCAGGGCCAGCUGUACGUACGUGCGAUAGAGGUCGACGAGGUGCAACGGGAGGCGCUGGAGCAGACAGCAUUGGGCGGGCCGGAGCCCACGUUGUCAAUGGGGGAAGGGAAUCAAUUGAAUAUGUACAGUCGGUACAACUGGUUCGUUGUUACCUUUCCUUCCUGGCUUGACGCAUAUUUCCAAGAAUACUGGGCGCAUUACCAUUCCGACACUUUACCGCAUACAUCACCCCAGCUUGGACACAAGUCUUCUUCGUCUCCGUCGAACAGGGAGCAAUCAAGUAGGCUUUCGCCUGUAGUCCCAUUGGCGCCUCUCGAAUACUUGCAAACCCAGCGCCGGGGCUCCAUUACGGAUCCGUCGCUGCAUGCCGCGCCUUCAAAACAAAAUCCGAGCUCGCAUUUCCUUCGGCAGCAGAGCGACUUGGCGAGCUCUUCGACAUUCAAAGGCGGUAUGUCCGAUCCACGUCCGGGCUCGCCUUUUGUGUUCGGAGAGGCGACGAGUCGGUCGGGAGACGGGAAUGCGCAAUUACGCAAGCUGUUGCGGUCGCCUUCACAAGAACAGGAUCGAGGGCCAGGACCGUCAGAGGGAGGUAGUAGUGCAAAGGGAAGUAGUACGCGACACCAGACAUCUGGCGGGGUGACAGAAGGAGCCGGUCAGACGAAGGAACGAGAUGAAAUGCAGAUGGACACGGGAGGGCGUGUUCGAGGGCUACCGCGAGAGGCAGUGCCGUUCGACUACUCGAUGCGACGACAUUCGAUUGCAGUGGGCCAAGAGUCGCCUGGACGACUGCAGGGCACGAAAAGGAAGAUGUCGAGCGAGCGAGCAGGGUUUUCUGGGCAAGACAUCGACCCACAACUGAUUGGGCCAGGCGUCGGGAACAAGAUGGAUGUGGACGAGGGACCGGCAUUCAAACGGCGGGGCUCGGCAGUGGAUACGGCACGGAUAGAGCAGCUGAGCCUGAACGAGCGGCGAAACUCAACCGAUGGGCGGGGCGGGCAAUGGCCAUGGGUCGACGGCAGACGCGAUUCCUCGUCGUUGGGUGGCGGCUACCCCUCGCCGGCAUCGGCUGUUUCCGGCACGGACGGCCGGCAUCACCCCCCCGCCUCCGGAAUUGCAUCUUUCGCGUGGCCACAUUCUGACCAGAGUUCAAUGCAGCACCAUUCCCUCGACCACGACCCCCACCGCCAGUUCGAUCCUAUGUCGAACAUUCCCAUCAUGCCACCCAUCAAUUUCCCUCCUGACAGGGCUCUCGAUAGGAGGAUGUCCGUUCCCGACAAUCUCAAUCCGUCGUCGUCGAAUCCUGCUGGCCCGACCAGGGUUCUGCGAUCCAGGUCGCGUCCUCCAUCGCGUCAAAUGCGCUCCCAAGAGGCCUCAGAAGAGCCCACCUCUGCUCCUUCUCCCCCUGGUUCCAGCAAGCUCUCCAAGGACGCUGGCGCAACCCCAUACUCCCGCUCUCCCGAGCUUCGUGUUUCCCACAAACUCGCAGAACGGAAGAGAAGAAAGGAGAUGAAGGAUCUUUUUGAUGAGCUGAGGGACCAGUUGCCAGCUGAUCGCGGCAUGAAGGCUAGCAAGUGGGAAAUUUUAAGCAAAGGCGUGUCGCAGCCCUUUUUCUCGCCCUUUAUUUCCACUGACGGCCCUUUAGCUAUCGAUUUCGUCGCUCAGCUCAAGCAAAGCCACCAAGAUAUGGCUCGCGAGAUCGACAUGCUCAGACACGAGCUCGAUGUCGCUCGUCAGGGCGGUGGUCUACCUCCCUUUCCCCCAGGGGGCGGUCCGCCAGGUCAUCCUGUCUACGGCCAACCCCCGCCAGGUGUCCCACCGUAUCCAUUACCUCCGCCAGGUGCUCUCCAGCAGCAUCCGCCACCGCCACCUCUUUCCCGACCGGCCUCCUCUCAGGGUGUCUUCCCUCCUGGCAACGGCCCCGCCGUUCCGCCUCAAAACGGAAAUGUCAAUAGACCAGAUGGUCCUACAUGA